AUGGGCCAUUUUCAUUCGAGAAAUCAUUUAAUUUCGAAAUGUUCACGUAAAAGUUUGGAAACCUCAACGACAACAAAAUAUUCUUCUCAAUUUCGAUACUUUAAUGGUAGAAGGUUUCAUAAUAACGAAAAUUCAAUAUACUUCUUGCCAAAUGACAAUGAAGAAGUUGAUAGGCUUCAAUUACAGCAUUUCUUAUUCAGAUAUAUUUGGAAAAGCAAUUUUUCUGCGCCAAUCAACGACCUUUUGGAUCAAGGGAGUGCAAACGUGUUAGAUGUUGG